AUGGAUAUAAUAUAUGGACAUAUAUUGGAGAAAAAUGAGUUGGAUAAACAUCAACAAAUAAUUUCAAAGUCGAUGGUUUCAUCAUUAAAAGAUGUUUUAUCCAAAAAGAGACAUUUUAUUAAAUCAAGUAAAAAGAAUAAAGAUAUAAUUAAUAAUGAAACAAAGGAAAAUAGUAGAAAUAAUAUAAAUGGAAAUAAUAUAACAACACCAAUUACCUCGACUGAACCAACGCCAGUACAACAAUCGUCAACUACAUUUUCCAAAAAAUUAAUUCACAAAGAUAAAGUUAUCCUUUCCAAUUCACCAAUAGUUCAACCAAGAAAACAAUCACUUUUUAUAUUUUCGCUUGAUAUCGUCGGUGGAAUUACUCUGAUAAACAUUGCCGAUAAAUCCUAUCAUUCUUUAGAUAAUCUAAAAUCGAUAGGUAAAUUCUCAUUGUAUUCUACGGUGAAUACUGGCGAUGCAAUCUAUGUAUUUGGUGGAUAUGACAGAUCUAUCAACAAGUUUAUGAGAAUAUCCCUGACCUCGUUUCCAAUGACUGUAGAUUUUCAAGAUGAUAUUCCAACCUUGAAGAACUUUGCACAAUUCCGAUCGGUUUGUUAUGAUGGAGAUCACAUUUAUAUGAUAGGGUAUAACGAUAGUGGUAGCCACAGACCUGACACACAAAGUGAACAGCAGCUCUACUACCCCGGAAAUAUGAGAAAGUUAAAUUCAAGAAUAGAUGUAUUCAACAUUAAAACAAUGGAGUUCAAAGCACUGGUCAGGUUCAAAGAGGAAGUUCAAUUUGACAACCGGAUCAUUUUACUUUCAUUUAUAUUCCGUGAUUGUAUCUACAUGGAUCGAUUCUUCAAGAUGAAUUUGACAAGAAAGACAGUUACCGAACUCCAAGAGUUUGACUAUGAGAUAACCAACUUUUAUUCUUUGGUUUAUCAUACGAUCAACGAUAAUCUACAUGUAAUCUACUUGAUUGGUGGUAAAACUCUAGGAAAUCAUACGUACGUCAUUGAACUUAAUCUUUGGAGAUCAUUCGCCUACGAUACUCCAACAACAGCCUACUCGUUCACAAUCUUGACCAAUCAAUGA